AUAUGUAGCAUUUCCAAAAACAUCAAUCCAGUAAAUUUAAAAUUUUCAUUCAGAAAUGUCUGUGUAAUAAAUUGUUUGGCCCCUAAACAAGAAAAUCCAAAAAUAUAGUAAAAAAUGAGCUGGACUAGGGACUGGUCUCGGGCCAAGCCCUGCCUUCCGAAGAAUAACCUGCGUACGGAGGCGGGCAUUAGGUCCAUCAAAUUAGUACCAAAAGCUGAACAGGAGUGUGGUCCAGUUUCAAUGUCCAUGAUCCUGGGCUGGGAGUACGCCAGGAUUUGGCUGCGGGAACGCGAUGAAAACGUGAAGCUACACAAGAAGGCAGCCAAGCCCAAGACGGUCAAGAACGAUUUCGAGUGGUGGCUGAAGCUGCGGAAGACCAACAAGCGGUUCUGCAAAAUUAAAUAGAGAUUGUAGCUAACAGAUUUCCGAGCAAAAUUCAAAA